UGUAAAAACGUCUGUGUGCCUGCAUGCGUGUUGUAGGGGGUUUGUAAUCGUACCGUGAAAAAGGUGAAAUCCUCCUGGGGUUUGAGACGGAGUGACCCGAGCUGAUCUCUGACCAAUAGCAGGCAGAGACUAGAGCAGCAUCUCGAGACCUUUUAUGAGUCCGUACACUUAGCGGUUCUAUAUACAGCCGUCUGUUCAGUAGGACACAGAACAACAAACACACACGCAGACAGAAAGUAUCCUACUGCUGCCGUCUUUCCUCUCUACUUUACCUUCAUAGGAUUCUAUUAACAAUAUGCCAAGCAUAUAUCAACAAGUGCUGUAGACAAAUAUUCGGUUGUCUUUUAAACCCCCCCCCCCCCCCCCUAAAAAAAAUAAUAAUCUUUGAAUUUGGAACGUGGGAUGGAUUCGACUACACACCAGCUUCAGACGUAUAAAUAAUCUCUUUUUAGGUAAGUCAGAUAUUUAAGUUUCAUAAUUUCGCUAAAAAAAAAUGUAACUGGUUUGAAAUGUUAUGCUAUCAUUAUUAGCCUACUAUGUGUAAAAUCACUUUCAGGCAAAACCUUUCCUUAGACCUAUGUUUAUUGUAAUCCUCAUCACGUUAGUUUCUUAUCUAUAUAACCAAUAUUAUGCAGAUACGUUAUACGAAGUUCCUUAUUGACCCUAUUGUAACCCGUUAAUAGCCAUUGAACCGGGCUCGCCCUAUAACGCCCUAAUGCUUUUUAAAAGAGUGGUGAGUUGUGAUAGCUUCAUUAAUGUUGACCUCUGCCUCUGACCCGGUGUUCUUUAAUUUGGGUGUCGUGACCCUGAUUUGUCUCAGUUACUGCUGACUACCACCCACUACUCGCCCUGUGACGGGGGGGCCACGGCACCUACAACUCAUCCUGCUCGUUUACAGGGAUGCAAAGUCAAGUACCAAUUUAAAGUAGUUUACUUUGCAGGCACCACAAGCACCAAUUUAAAUAUAUUGAUGAAUAUCCAUUGUGUGUUUUGCGAACUGGAAAGAAAAUGCCCAAACAGCUGGUUUUAGAUUGUAGGUUACCUGCUGUGAAUUUAGUAGGUUGCUGUAGGCUAAGUUCUGUGAAUUCAGUAGAUUGCUGUAGGCUAAGUUCUGUGAAUUCAGUAGGAUGCUGUAGGCUAAGUUCUGUGAAUUCAGUAGAUUGCUGUAGGCUAAGUUCUGUGAAUUCAGUAGAUUGCUGUAGGCUAAGUUCUGUGAAUUCAGUAGGAUGCUGUAGGCUAAGUUCUGUGAAUUCAGUAGAUUGCUGUAGUCUAAGUUCUGUGAAUUCAGUAGAUUGCUGUAGGCUAAGUUUUGUGAAUUCAGUAGGAUGCUGUAGGCUAAGUUCUGUGAAUUCAGUAGAAUGCUGUAGGCUAAGUUCUGUGAAUUCAGUAGGAUGUUAAAAAAAUAGUCGUUUUCGUCUGGUAGAAAUCAGUGCUCUCCAUGGGAAUAUGUUCGUGAAUUUGUAAAAUGACGAGAAGUAUGUGUAGCUUUUAAUUUAAUUAGCAUUGAGGAUUUUGGAAAUAUCAAUCUCUACAGAAGUUCGAUCUUGUUAAAUUGAUGUUGCUAAAUAAGAUUUGUAUUAUUACCCAGUAGCUAAUAACAAAAACGUUUCAUAUUGGGCGAUAAUUUAAAUGCAACAUUUUCUUUCGUUAAAUUGACAUUCCUAUUGUGGAUUCACACAGAAAUAUUUUGAUUGAGAAAAUAUGCAUGAUUACAAUGUUAUUCUCCUAAAUGUAUUUUGAUCAGAGAUCUAACGUAAUGUGUUCGUUACCUAAAUAGAUUUACUGUUUAUUAAUCUUAAAAAAUACGAUCAAAUAAACUAGAGAGGUAUAUUUUCAUUUCAGAAGCGAAAAUAUGGUAAAUACAUCUGGAGAUGGAGCUAAAAUUUCUCCACCUCUUUCUCUCUCCAGGCAGAAUAGCUGCACCAUUCCGAUUCAAAUCAUCCCAGAUCGGCUCUGCCUCCUCGCCUGCUGUGAUGUCUGUGUCUCUGUCCAGCAUCCCCGUCGUGAAGGACAAGCCGUUCCACUCCAACCCCCUCAAAGGCAGCCCUGUCCGGGGCUCGGGUUACUACGCUGCCCCGCUGCCCGGAGCCCACCACAACAUGAACAUCUUCAGGAGCUCUCAGCAUCCCCUCCACCCGCUCAAGUCUCUGGGACGGCUAGUCACCGACACCCAGGCAGUCAUGCCGUUCAACUUCACCGCCGGUAACCCCUCAUUCUUCGGCCACGGCGGCCACGCCGUUAACGUGCUCCAUGAGCAGAUUUUCAACGUGUCGAACAUCCCGUAUUUCAAUCGGAUGAUGCCGGGAGUGGGACAAGCGAUUUACUCCAAGCACGAGGAGCUGGCGGCGGUGGUGACCGAGCAAGCUACUGGGCCGUUAUCAGACUACAGCAGUCCCGCCUCGAGCGAGAGGUCUUCUGCUCGCUCCGUCUCGCCGUCCAAAGCACGUUCGCUCCACCUCAGGGGAACCGAAUUAUCAUCGAAGAAGAAGCACACUUAUAGUUUCAGUGAGGACGAUCUGUUCACCGUGCUGUACGGAUAUACCGGGAGACAAGAGCAGAAUACCGGUCACGCUAUCUCAGGAAUAGCCCUGAACGGGAACUCAGUUUGUAACAGUGAGAUACUCACCUUGAAUACUCAGGCGCUUGAGCUUCCAGAAGAGUUAACUAUCCACCAGACGAGUUACGGCAGUUUGUCCCACUACGGAGUUUUUGCGGUGAAGAGCGCCGUCACCAAGGGAACCCGGUUCGGCCCAUUUCAGGGGAAACUGGUCAAUACGAGCGAGAUCAAAACACAUGACGACAACACUCUGAUGUGGGAGGUGUUCGAGAACGGUCGGUUGAGUCACUUCGUGGAUGGCCGGGGCUCUUCCGGUAACUGGAUGUCGCUGGUGAAGUGCGCGCGCUUCCCGGAGGAGCAGAACCUAAUCGCAGUACAGAGUCAGGGCCAGAUCUUCUACGAUGCCUGUAAGGAGGUCCAGCCGGGCCAGGAGCUGCUGGUCUGGUACGGGGACUGCUAUGUUCAGUUCCUGGGGAUUCCUCUCACUCUGAAGGACUCGCCGGAGGAGGGGAACGUUAUGCUUCCGCUUGAAGAUUCUGGAGAGGGUUUUAAGUGUGAUCGGUGUGGCAAAGUGUUCGCCUAUCAAUACUACAGAGACAAGCAUCUGAAGUACACGCGCUGCGUGGACCAGGGCGACCGGAAGUUCCCGUGUCAUCUCUGCAACAGGUCGUUCGAGAAGAGAGACCGACUGAGGAUUCAUAUCCUACACGUUCACGAGAAACACCGACCACAUAAGUGUUCGGUGUGCGGUAAGAGUUUCUCUCAGUCCUCCAGUCUCAACAAACACAUGCGCGUGCACUCAGGAGAGCGGCCCUACAAGUGUGUCUACUGUAACAAGGCGUUUACCGCUUCCAGUAUCCUGCGCACGCACAUCCGCCAGCACUCCGGAGAGCGGCCCUUCAAGUGUAAACACUGCGGGAGAGCCUUUGCCUCGCACGCCGCGCACGACAGCCACGUCCGACGCACCCACGCCAAUGAUAAGCUGUACCCGUGCGACGUGUGCGGCAGCACCUUCCAAGAAGCGACAGAACUCAAGAACCACAUGAAGAGUCACACAAAAGGCCCUCUGUCGGAACCCGCAGUUCCUCCCAUCAUCUCACGAAACGGAUCUUUGGAGGAUACAACCGAGAUGUUUUCGUUCACCAAGGACUGCAGGACGCAAAGACUGACGGAGGAGAACUUUUACACAGGCCUGACGAUUCUGAACCAAGAAUAUCGACCCUGGAAUUAAACCCAUUCCGUAGAAUGAUCAUUUCUUAUUCUAGAAUUUGUUAUUAAGGGAAAUAUCAAGUAGAGCUCAGAUCGCUAAGACGUCCAAACAGCGACACGUUUUAUGUUUUUAGAGUAAUAACUAUUGGGAAUAUAUUUAAUACAACGUUACUGUAUUGUAUGACACACUGUAAAUUGUUUUUGUCCAAUUUAUUUAUUUGAAUCUGUUUUUUUUUGUGUGUGUGGGAAUAAUACGUGUUGUUUAUGGCUAAACACUUCUGCUAUUAGUGGGAUUUAGUUAUUAUUGGUGUUGGUCAAUGAAGCCAAGUAACGCACGAUUUUAACGAAAUGUUACGUUUAUUAACGUUCGUGAUCACAAAUGAUUUUAGUUCACAUUUAUAUAAGCUUGGAUUAGUGUUAUUCUGUAGGAUAAAUACUGUAUAAACGUUUUGCAUUUAUACAUACAUCCCCAAUCAACGUUGAUCAAUUUAAACGUGUUAAUUUAUCUUCAUACAAUAUUUAUCAUAAUACCUCUAGCUAAAUUCAUCCUAUUUCACUGUCAGAUAAGAUAACUUUUUUUUUAUUUUUUUAUUUUUACGUUUGACUGUCUGUUUCUCGUCUCUUGUAGGCUGCAAAAGCAGUCACUGUAAUGUGUAUCUGUAUUUCAUUGUUAAAAAGCAUCGGCUGUCUAAUAAAUAUGAAUUAAAUAAUAGCAUGAAAUAAA